AUGGAGGUGUACCCCCAGCGCCGGCAGGGGCUACCCCGCGCGCGGUCCUCCGGCGGCUCCCGUCGCGGGUCACCCUCCGUCAGUUGCAGCCGACUCCGCCAGGUUCAGAGCAUCCUGACCCAGAGCAGCAAGUCUCGGCCCGAUGGGAUCCUCUGCAUCCUAGGAAUCGAUAGCAGGUACAAUGAAGGCUGCAGAGAGCUGGCAAAUUAUCUUCUGUUUGGUUUGUACAAUCAGAAUACUAGUGAUUUUGAGAAAACGGGAUUUUCUGAAGAAGUUCUAGAUGAUGUAAUUAUAUUGAUUAAAUCAGAUAGUGUCCAUCUGUACUGUAAUCCUGUAAACUAUCGCUAUCUUUUACCCUAUGUGGCACAUUGGAGAAAUCUGCAUUUCCACUGCAUGACAGAAAAUGAGUAUGAAGAUGAGGAAGCUGCAGAAGAAUUUAAAAUUGCCAGCUUUGUGGAUAUGGUUCGAGACUGUAGUAGAAUUGGCAUACCUUACAGCUCUCAAGGUCACUUGCAGAUAUUUGAUAUGUUUGUGGUGGAGAAAUGGCCAAUUGUACAGGCCUUUGCACUUGAGGGCAUUGGAGGGGAUGGAUUUUUUACCAUGAAAUAUGAGUUGCAGGAUGUGAGUUUGAAUCUAUGGAAUGUCUACAGCAAGAUGGAUCCUGUGUCCCUGGAGAGUUUGCUUUCAGAAGAUUUGGUGGCUUUUGAACAUCAGUGGACUAGAUUCUUUGCUAAUUUUGACACAGAAAUUCCUUUCCUGCUGGAACUUUCAGAAUCUCAGGCGGGUGAGCCUUUCAGAAGUUACUUCAGUCACGGAAUGAUCUCCAGUCAUAUAACUGAAAACAGGUAAGGUUCUCAGGGAGGAAGUAUGAAUGGUGAUAGGGGUGACAAAGAGGGUUGACAAAGGAGGUGGAUAUGGGGGCACAUUCAAGUCCAGAAGCUAAAGUCAGGAAAUAUAGGUUGACUUUAGUUAUCACAGGGUUUGAAAUCUGUACUCUGCAAAUUCAUCUGUUGUACUGCUUUUGUAUU